AUGCAGAUCCGAGCUACCAGGGCAAGAUGCGACGAACAUAUCCUGUCCAUCCAGCCAAGCCAGGAGGAGGUGAGAGCGUUCAAGUGCUUUGAUAUCAAACUUCUCAGCCCUGAAGCCUUGUGGCCUUCGUUGCUCAUGAACUUCAUUCACCGAUGGAUGCACCGCUACGGACUAUACAAGGCCCAUCGGUCUAACGCUACAGCCUUCACAGCGCUUACAAAUGCGGUUAUGGCAAGAGCAGGGCUACAGGCAAAUAAAGUAGAGGAAACAGCGCGGAAGUGCAACUCUUUAGUUCGAACCUCCUCUCAAGUAUGGAAGCAAGAGGGGUUACUCGUUCAAAGAGGCCAUUCACUUGGCAAGUCCUCGGUACUUAAGGAGGUUUGGGCCGCCUAUACUACCCGGUUUGAUGCUUUCGAGACGGCUACGUUAAUAGACGGAGACUACCCUAAUCCGCAAGUCAACAUGCCCACGACAAUUUUAAUAUUUGAACAGCGCGGUUCUAAAAGUCCCUGCCUCGAAGUCGUCAAGAAGCCCCGGGGGAACAGCAUCGAUACGUCUAUUCAGAACCCAAACUCCCCGGUUUGCCCGCUUAGUCCGGGCGGCGUCCAGAACCGGGAAUUCCAUUGUGUCAGCAAGGGGUCAAAUCUAGAUAUGGUCUCCAUAGCUCAUAAAGCCCUCUCAACCUUAGACUGCAUCGAGGAGGGAGGAAACUCCCAUUUGGCCGAAUUGGCUUUGUUGCCAGAUUCUUCCCCAGGGGAAGGUAACAAGAGCAACUCUACCAAGAGUGACUUGCCAGGCCGCAGCCUCCCUAUCGCGCAGUUGCUGAACCCUCCCACCACACCUCCUACAAUUGGAUCAAACCCUAUCCAACACCUGUGCGAACUCGCAAGUACUACCGAUGCUGGCCUGCAACAAACUAAUUCUCCAACAGAGGACCCAGGGCAGUCUACGGCACAACGUUUAAAUCCUAGCUGCAACGGUUCAAGCAUCUCCAGCCGGGGCAUUAGAGGCAUCCCGGAGCUUCCACACUCGCAGAGGCUCCAGUCCAUUGCGAAAAUCCUUGUGCCCCAGUAUCACAAACCCGGGGGAUGGCUAGCCGUCCAUAUCGACACUUUCAUGUCACAAACAGUAUCCCAAUUUUUUGAAUGGUAUACGCAGGCUGCGAAACUACGCCGGGUCAUAAUUCCCUCCACGCUGAUGGUUGAGUUGUUAGACGUGGCGUCGGAGUCGGGUAGGCGAAUACCCAUUACUCGAGCUGGUCAUGCCACAUUCCAGGCAUCCAAAUCACUUAUAUGGCGCUCGUUCGUCUAUGCCGUUGUAUCAAAUCCAUGCUUAGAUAGGUUUAGGAUAGCUGUCACGCCGUCUGACGCGGCGGCCACUCCUCAGCUAGGUGUUAAGACCAGUAAACGAAUUUGCCCUACGCCUUCGAAUAGCCCAAAUCCAACCGCACUCGACCAUGCCACCGUUUCCCGAGCAUGCCAAAGCCAACCCCUGCAAGCAGGCCCAGUACGAGAGCCGACUAGUCAACGAGUCCGCAAUACAUUUCAUUCUCGAUUUCCGACAGUCGCCGUCCACAUUCAGGUGAAUGAGCGCGGUGGUAUGAGCGACCGCUAUCCAGAAUCUGUCAUUACGUCUAAAAUAGAUAAUGUGGGGUUCUUUGCCUGGUUUGCGGAAGAGACUGACUACGGCGGCGUUAUAGGGCCAGCGGAAUUGAGAUUUUCUUUCAAGGAUUCACUACCAACUCCAAAAGACAAUCUGAUCUCUAGAGGCAAUAAGGCGCAUUUUGAAUAUAUGCAGAAGGAUAUCAGGCCGAUGUGUGAAAAUGCAGUUUCUUGUAUGCCAGGUUUAGCUGAGUUUGUCAUUAUAGUUACAGCGCCUGGGUGGAGUGCAAAGUAA